AUGCAAAAUAAUAAUUCUACAAAUAAUGAUCAUUUUAAUGAUUGUUAUGAGGAUAUAUCAAAAUCCAUUGAAGCAAUUCAAUCAAACCAUUUAAAUCAAUCUAUUAAUAAUAAUGAUAUAACAGGAGAUAUAAACGAUACAAACAAUAAUGAACUGAAUUUAAUGAAACGAUCCAAUUCAUGCAAAUUGGAUUCAUUGAACACUUCUACAUCAUUACCAUUGAAACGAUCGUUUCCAUGUGAAAAAUCUCAAUAUCAUAUUGGUUGGAGACCAGUAACUGCAUUUAUGACAAAUUUACAAUCAAAAUUAUUGAAUCAUUCAAAUGAUUUAAAAUCGGAACAACCAAAUCAAUCUAUUGAACAUAAAUCAAAUAUCAAUCAUUUAGGUCGAUUUAAUAUUGGUUGUCCAUCUGGAUGUAAUUCAUCUAUAGCUGAUGUGACAGUCAAUGAAGAUUAUGAAUACUAUACAGAUAUGAUACAAUCAUCAGAAUUAUUAAAUAAUCAACAAAAUCCUAUUCAAUCAGAAUCAAUUACAUAUAGAAAUUGUCAUCAAUCACCACAUUAUAUGGAAAAUGAUCAUUUAUCUAAAACUUGUACAGGGACUUCAAAAGCUCCAGUAAUUGUAAGAUUAAAUGUUAGUGGUACAAUAUUUCAUGUAAGACAUAGUACAUUAAAACGUGAUCCAUUUGUCUAUGGUAAAAUGUUAGAAGAUGCUAUAUGGAUUGCACAAACAAAAGAAUAUUAUUUUGAAAGAGAUCCAGAAGUAUUUCGAUUUAUAUUAAGUUAUUUAAGAAGAGGUGAAUUACAUUUACCUCAUGGAAUGUGUGGUCCACUUGUUGAAAAAGAAUUAGAUGAUUGGGGUAUAGCAUUAGGUUUAGAUAUUCAAAGAUGUUGUUUAGGUCCAGUCAUGGAAAGUAAAUCAAAAUUGGAAUCUUUACAUAGAUUUGAAGAAAAAUUAGAACCAGAAGCUGUACAACCAGAUUAUUGGAUUCAAUCUUAUCGUUGGCAAUUAUUUCGUGAAAAAAUUUGGUCUGUUAUAGAUAUAUCACCAAGACUUAUACAUUCACGUUUUAGUAAUUAUAGACAUAGAAAACAAUAUACACCUAAUGAAUUAUUCUGUAAUGAUUAUAGUUCAACAAGUGAUCAAUCAAAUUCCAAUGAUAAUCAUAGUUUUAAUUCAAAUCAGAAAUCAAUAAAUCCAAUCAAUCAUUAUUCUAUUAGUAAUGAACAAUCUGAUGAUAGUUUAGAAUCAAAAUCAUUUCAUUUAUCUACAACAAUUCAAUCAAUUCAUCAUUGUUGUCAUGAAAAAAUCAAUAAAUAUACAAAAUGUUCUAGUUGCUAUCCAAUGAAUAAUCAUGAAUCAAUUUAUUUAAUAUGGUUAAGACAUUUUUAUUUUAUUUAUGAAACCUUAAUUAUAACAUCCGCUGUUGGUGUAUUUAUGUUAUCCACAGUGAAAGAAUAUCGUAUCCCAUUUUAUAUGAAUAUUACUGGAUAUACAGAUGCUUAUAAUGAUACCAUUAUUGAUUAUACAAAUAAUCAUUUAGAAAUUAUCACUUUAUUUAAUCAAUCGGAUAAAACAAAUUAUAGUUAUUUUACAUUACCAUCUAAAUGGCUUGUACAAAUGGAUAUUUUCUUUUCUAUAGCUAUUACUAUUGAUGUAUUAAUACGAAUGAUCUUUUGUCCAUGUUUUCUAAUUUGGUUCUUUUCAUUAUCUACAUUGAUUGAUAUUUUAUCCUUAGUACCAUUCUAUUGUGAAUUUAUCUUUUAUGAAUUAGUUUAUACUUAUAAUAAUGAUAAUCAUUAUCAUACUAAUCCAGAUUCAAUAUGGUGGUUAAUUCGUAUUCUUAAAGUAGAAGAAUAUUUUAUCAUUUUAAAAGUAUUUGUUGUAUUAAGAUUAUUUCGUUUAUUAAGAAGACAUAGAGGGACAAGGGUAUUAUUUUAUACUAUACGGACAACUAUUACAGAUUUAUCGAUUAUUAUUAUAUUAAUUUUAGUAAGUGCAUUAUUUUUUGGUGCAGCAAUUUAUUUCGUGGAUCCAACAUUUACCGAUAUACCAAAAGGUUUUUGGUGGGCAUUAAUCACUAUGUCUACUGUUGGUUAUGGAGAUUUAGUACCAAAUAAUACAGGAGGUUAUAUAGUUGCUACAGCAUGUAUUAUAUUAGGUACAUUAUUAGUAUCCUAUACAAUACCUGUAUUAGUGAAUCAUUUUUUAUUAUAUUAUGCACAUGCUGAUCAAUUAUCUAUGGUGAAACAAUUACAUCGUACUGCUAAACGUAAAAUACGAAAUAGAAAAAUGUCACGUUAUUUACAAAAAGCUUUAUUCAAUGCUAAAUCUAUAGUGAGUUCAACAAUGACAAAUGUUAAUAAUAAUAAAACAUAAUGACACAGAGACACACACACACACACACAAACAUUUCAUCCCUACUUGUUUUCUACAAUCAUUGAUCAUCUUCUUCAUCUAUCCUUUACUCAUCUUCAAUCUCUUUCUCUAUAUUUAUUAAAAUCUUUAAAUAAACAACCAUCAAUAGUAGAAGGGUAUAGUGUAAAACAAAAAGAAAGAAAACAAAACAAUACAUGAAACACUCAUUCACCAAAUAACUACAUAUACAUACAUGUAUAUUUCGCCUGGAUACUAACUCAUCCCUUUCGAUUAUUGUACAUUGUUUUCUUAUUUUUUGUUUUCUUUUUCGUUGUUGUUGUUGUUGUUAGAAUCCAAUGCUUAUUUUUUCUGGUUAGCGUUUCUUUUUAGCGAGUUAGUUUUCUACGGGAUGAGGUCGCCAACUCCAUACCCAACCCUCCUCUUUUAUCCGGGCUUGAGACCGGCAGUAUCCCCCGGAGAGACUCCAUGCGAAGUUAAUCCAAUGAUUUACUCUCAUCAUAAAUGAUAAUUAUUUUUAUGAAUAUAAAUCAUUUCAAUCUAUUUUAUGAAUGAAACUUUGCAUUAUCAAUGAUAUUCUAUUAAAAGUUCAAUGAUUUUUUUAAUGUUUUGAUCAAACUGUAAUUGUAUAGAAUCAUAGUAACAAAUGGAUCACCAAUGAUUAUUUUUUACAAAAAAAAAAUCGAAUUUAGGAUCACUUUUAUAAAUGGGUGAUAGUUUAGUUUACAAAUCAAUAUCUUUAUUCAAUAUGAUUCAGUGUUAUCUAAUUCGUUUCUUUUCUUUCUUUCUUUAUAUGAUGUAUUAUAAAUAACUUUUUUUUAAAAUAGAG